AUGACCUGGCUCAAGGCAAUGCUGAGGCUGGAAUCAACCUUCCGAGCACAGAGCAGGCUUGCACAGAGCGCUGUUGGACAACUGGAAUCGCACUUUCCGCUUGCCUUCGAGAUCCGCAGCUCGCCGGGCAAAGGCUUAGGGGUCUUUGCUACUAAGAACAUACCUCGCGAUGCUGUCAUCAUGCGCGAUCCCCUCGUUUUCCGAGCCGAGAGAGGCGAAGAGCUGGCGGACUUACACCACAAGUUCACUAUGCUCCCAACUGCAACACGACAGAAAAUCCUGGAACUUUCAGUGGGCUCCGGCGUGCAUGAUUUCAGCGCGGUAAUCAAAGAGCUCACCGCGCAGCAAGGGGGGGAUGAAGACUGCGAGAAGGCCCUCAUCGAGCUCUUUCGCCUGGAAGAUAUCAUCGCUGAAAACGCCUUCAAUGCCGUGCCCCAUAACAUUGACUCAGCAAGUGUGCUGCUGUACCUGAAUGCCUCCCGCCUCAACCACUCUUGUAUCCCGAACGCCGAUCCCGCAUCUAAAGACGACACCAGCUAUAUGGUGAUGCGCGCCAACCGGGAUAUUAAUGCUGGCGAGGAAAUCACCUCCUCCUACAUCUUGCGAGUCGUGCCUCGCGCGACCCGGCUGCAACAGCUCUCUAAAGGCUGGGGUUUCACCUGCCAGUGUCCAGCAUGCGAUCCCAAAAAUCCAUUCAGUGACUCUCACGAACGGCGCCUUAAGGCUCUUCUUCAACUCUACACGGAGUCCGCCUGCUACAUGAACAAGGAAGGCCGGUUGAAGGAUGCUGAGAGAUCGUCAUACGGGGCGCUCAAGCAAGCGGCAGACAGAGCCAAGAGACAGAUCGAGAUGCUCAGUGAGCAUCAUUCACUACGGGUAUUCUCUCGCGAGUCAUGCCUAGGAGCGCUCGAUAUCGCCAUCGCGAAGUAUAAGCUGAAGCGGCUCGAGUCCGACCUUGAGGAAGCUCUCAAGCUGCUUGAGUUGAUUAUCGAGGCAGACAAGCUAUAUCACGGCGAGAUUACCAUCGGAGCCCACGAGGAACUCUAUAAGAGGCUUCGAAGAGGCGACAUCUCGAGUAUGUGGUUACUGUACCUAUGUACUCCACUUCUGUUCUCGUCUGCCGAGAAACGAACAUUGACAACCUGA